AUGGAUAAUGAGGAUGAAACAAUAUUAUUUGGUGUAACACCUACCAAUGAGGCAUCAUUGGCCGACUAUAUAACUAAAAAAAAUAAAUUAAAGUCUAUAAAAGAGAAUUCUAGAAAGAAAUCAUUCUAUUUAUCAACAUGGAUAUUUUUAAAAAUGAUUUCAAUCAUUACUUUUAUUGCUUUAUUUUCUGCAUUUAUUCAAAUAAGAGGAUUAGUAGGUGAAGAUGGUAUAUUACCAGUUGGAGAUAUUUUAGAGAAGCAAGUUGCAUCCAAUGAAAUUAAUUCAAUUUGGAUAUUUUUCACACAUCCAACUAAAGGUAUGGGAUUUAGUGUCAAUAAUACAUUGCAUAUGUUAUGUUUUGUUGGACUUUCAUUUAGUGCUUUAUCAAUUUUCACUACAACUAUUGCGACAUACAUUGGUGUAAUGUGGUUUUGUUAUUAUUGUAUUGUUGAUGUUGGUCAAUUAUUUUUCGCAUAUCAGUGGGAUCAACUACUACUAGAAGCAUUAUAUUUAGCAAUAUUUUUAUCACCAUUUAAUCCAAAAUAUGAAGAGAAGCCAAAUACACCAAUUAGAUAUUUAUUGAAAUGGUUAUUAUUUAGAUUGAUGUUUGGUAGUGGUUUAGUAAAGUUAACACCAAUUUGGGCAGGACUUCAAGCAAUGAAUUUUCAAUAUGAAACACAAUGUAUACCAAAUAUUUUAAGUUGGUAUUUAAAUCAAAUGCCACAUGUUUUUCAUGAAUUUGAAACAAUGAUGGUGUUAGCAAUUGAAAUUCUAUUACCAGCACUUUAUUUUGCACCAAGAAUGUAUAAAUUAUUUGCAUCGUUAACAACGGUUUUAUAUCAGAUGGCAAUAUUUUUAACAGGAAACUAUAACUUUUUCAACUAUUUAACCAUUGGAUUAUGUACACUAUUGAUGGAUGAUGCAUUUUUAUUAUCGUUACCAAUGCCAGAUAAAGUUAGAAUUAAAUUGAUUGGUAUUGAAUCAAAGAGAUUUAAAGACUCACCAAAUGGUAGACAAAAAUCAACAAGAGGUUUAGAGAGUGGUCUUUCAAGUUUAAAUCCAAAGAAUCUAUUAGUUCCAUUUGUAUUUAUUUUAAUUGGUACCAGUAGUUUAGUUAAUGUUACACAAUAUUUCCAAAAACAAACUACACCAUCAUUAAUUCAAAGAAUUCAUUCAACACUAUCUUUAUAUCAUUUAACUGGUACCUAUGGAUUAUUCAGUCAUGUCAAUACUGAAAGAUAUGAAAUUAUAAUUGAAGGUAGUUAUGAUAAAACUAAUUGGUUUGCAUAUGAAUUCUAUUAUAAACCUGGUAAUUUAUCGAGACAUCCACCAUUUGUUUUCCCUGGUCACCAACCACGUUUAGAUUGGCAAAUGUGGUCAAUUGCUCAAACAACAAGUAAAGAUUUAUUUAGUAGUAGUAGUAGUAGUAGUAGUGGCACUAUUUCAUCUUCAUCUUCCUCUUCAAUAGAAAAUCAAACUGAAACAACAGCAUCACCAUCAUCUUCAAGUGGUGGUGGUAAUUCAAAUGGAGUAUCUAGAACUCAAUCAAAAUGGGUAAUUAAUUUUAUGAUUAAACUUUUACAAGGUUCACCAGAAGUUUUAAGUUUACUUGAAUAUUCACCAUUUACAACUGAUAAACCACCAAUCUAUAUUCGUGCUCAAAAGUAUCGUUAUAAAUUUACAACAUUUAAUAAUGAAAAUAUAAAUAAUAAUAAUGAUAAUAAUAAUAAUAAUGAUAACAAUAAUAAUAAUAAUAAUAAUAAUAAUAAUAAUAAUAAUAAUAAUAAUAAUAAUAAUAAUAAUAAUAAUAAUAAUAAUAAUAAUAAUAAUAAUAAUAAUAAUAAUAAUAAUAAUAAUAAUAAUAAUAAUAAUAAUAAUGAUAGCAAUAAUAAUAAUUAUAGCAAUAAUAAUAAUAAUAAUGAUAAUAAUAAUGAUAAUAAUAAUAAAAAUAAUAAUAAUAAUAAUAAUAACAAUAAUAAUAAUAAUAAUAAUAAUAAUAAUAAUAAUAAUAAUAAUAAUAAUAAUAAUAAUAAUAAUAAUAAUAAUAAUAAUAAUAAUAAUAAUAAUGAUAACAAUAGUCAAAAUCCAGUUUCUUAUGAUAAUAAUGAAGAAGAUAGAAAUAUUUCAACCAAUGAACCUUCAUCACCACCACCAUCAUCAACAUCCUCUUCUUCUUCUCCUUCUUCUUCAUUAGGAAAUGAACAAUCUAAAGGUGAAUUAUAUCAAUUACCAAAUCAAGAUGAUUGGUGGGUUAGAUGUUUCAUUGGCUCUUUUAUUGAACCAUUCUCUUUAGAUUCAAUUCCAACUACAAAUUGA